AUGGGCAAUUGUAUAAAGCCUAGCGAUCCUUUAAUUGCAUCCCUUCCGAGAGGCGUCAAUGUCGACACAAAGGCGAUUAAAGAAUCAGGAUUGCCGAUUAUCUUCGUCAUUGGUGGGCCAGGAGUUGGAAAAAGAACACUGUGCGCUCAAGUGGCGAAGAAGUACGGUUUCCAUGACAUAAUAUCCACGGACGUGAUCCAGCACGAAAUGUCCAAGCGUACGGAAAAGGCACUGGUGCUGGCGCGUUUAAUAUCGAAGGGUCAACUGGUGCCGUCGAACGUGGAAGUGGAAUUGAUAGCGAUGAAGAUGCUCGAACACUUGAACAAGAAAGGGUUCAUCGUGAGCGGAUUUCCCCGGCAGAGAAGCGAAGGGAAGUUAUUCGACAAAGAGGUGCGACCGCCCGAUCUCGUCCUGAUGCUGAACGUUCGAAACUCGGUGAUGAGCGACCGGCUGAUGGCGAGAAGCGUGAAAACGACCGAGAGAUUUUUGACAGACUUCGAGUACAUUAAAGCUCAAAUCAAGGACUUUCACAAGCGAAACAAGUUGAUAGUGAAAUAUUAUGGCAAGUUGGUGGUGGUGAUUGACGCCGAGCCUGAAACGAUGACCGUAUUCGAGAAGGCGUGCCAAGUAAUCGACAAUGUUCUAGUGAAUUUCCCAGGCUUCGAAACGACUGCUACUGCCAGCACAAUGGCUGAGAUGUUUGAAUAG